AGUUGACAGUGCGCGCCGUGCCUUCAACUGUUCAGACAGCGCUGGAGUGACCGAGAGGACAGCACAGCUAAGGCUCGGGCUUCUGCAGUGUACUCAGACAACAGUAGCCGCAGAAACGCAUGAAGGCGCGUCCGUUGCGAAAAGUAAACUUGGGUGAUGAUAAAGAAUUGCAUAAAAGCGGAAAGGAAAACCGCCUACAGCAAAAUUUCUUUUUGAGCUCUAAUUCCGGCAAAAGGGUCGGACGAACCCACCGUCAAGUCUGGUCGACCCUCUGCGUGUAAGUUCACUUCACGGUUACGCUGUGUUACAAGAGAUGGGUAGUCUACUGACCUCUCUGUUGGGAGUAGGCUCGAACCCUGAUAUAGACGUGCCGGAUCCCGCUACUGGGUUAACGCCACGUGAGAAGAUGGCCGUCAGGCGCAUUUGGGAUAUUGUCAAAGCAGAUAUCAAACAAAACGGCAUUGAACUUCUCAUUAUAUUCUUCAAAUCAAAUCCAAGCCACCAAAGAUAUUUUGAGGCAUUCAAAGACGUAUCCCUGAAGGAUCUACCCAGCAACCGAAAAUUUCAAGCUCAUUGUACAAGUGUCAUGUAUGCCCUGACGAGUGUUGUGGACAAUUUGGAUGACACUGGGUGCCUUGUUGAGAUGUUAACGAAGCUGGGACAGAACCACCAUCGCCAUGGCAUCACAAGACAAGAAUUCAUUGAUCUUAAAGAAGCUGUAUUGAAACUGCUGACAAAGAAACUUGCAUCAAAGUUUACAUGUGAAGAUAAAGCAGCUUUGAGCAAGACGUUAGAUGUUGCAUACUCUGUUAUUUUCACAGGGCUGGAGGGGCAAAACCUUUAGAAAGUGAAUGUUAAACGAAACUUGGUCAAGUGAAGCACAGGAAAGAAUUCUGUGACUUGUCUGUGAAGGAUGAACGAUGACAGCUGUGUUUCGGCACAAUUAUUUUAAAAAUGUUAAUAAUUUUCAAUUGAACUCUAUGUUUUUUAAUAUUUACAUGUUCUUAAAGACUCUUUUUUAAUGUAUUAACUUAGAUUCUAAAGGAAACUGUGGCGUGUAUCUUUAAUAUCAAAUUAACAUUGACUGGGCUGACAAAAUAAUAGCAUUAUUAUUUCAUAUUAUAAAGAUUUAAAACAUAUUUUAUUUGUCAAUUGUAUAAAUUAUUUUUCCAUGCAUUGUUGUGUUCUCAGGGACCAAGAAAGACUUAUAACUACACCAUUUACUUGAAUCUGUAACUGCUAAAAUGUUAUUAUCUGUUUACAGUUUAAAUGUAUUUAUGUGUACUGGAUUCCCCUGUAUGUAAAACUAGGAAGAACUACAAAUUUUACAAGUAACAGUAUUUAUAGAAUGUAGAAGAAAGUGGAAAGAAUACGUUGACAGAAUUAAAAAACAUAACCUUAAACUAACCAAAAAGAAAAAGGAAUUUUGGAAGCUUGUUGAAAUGAUAGAAGGACUGUGUUUUGUAAUAUACAUAACAGAUUUCUAAAGGCAUAAUAUUGGAUAGAAUGACAGCAUUUAUUCUGAGGAAAAUGCAGCCUGACGUGCCCAUAAAGCAGGAAAUUCAAAGGAAUUAUCAGGAACCCUUUCACACUGGUUGCAGGAACAUGAUGUGCUGGUAAUUCUGCUUGACCAUAAGGCAAUUAUGUUGAUUCUAAAUGUUAUUCUGAACUGAGCAGGGUGGGAAUCUUAAUUGAAUAUAAGUCUGUAAUGAUUAUCACUCCUACUUUGUAUUUAGAAUGUCUUAGCUUCAAGCCCUCUUAUGGCAACUGGUUAUUUUGAGAAAUAUUUGAGGAUUUCCUCAGCCCCUCCAAAAAUAUGGUGAGAGAGCAAUCUAAACGCAACAAAUUCCUUCAAUACAGUUUAAUCAUUUACAAUCAUCACAACAUUUAAUACUACAUAAGUAAGGUAAAGGUAAAGUUGUCCUUGUGCUUAACUAAUUAAGCACUACGCCAUGAAGGUGUAUGAGGGAGUGGAUGUAUAGAUCCACAUUUUCUGGACCUUGUCACUAGCUGGAGGUGAGUUGUCUACUUCACACCUUGGUUGCUUUACCCACAGUACCCACUUUUUCUUUUUAAAUUCGCCUAGGGGAGGGGGGGGGUUGGAGUCCAACUGGGUCCACUCGGCCCGGCAG